AAGGCACACAGGACUAAUCCUCCCUCCAUCAGAGUCCAACCACAUGCAGUGUUGUCUGUGGGGGAGCUCACAGCCUGGGAGCCAGGGUUUUUGUCAGGUGUCAGUCACGUAGGCACCCUCUGCAUAGCACAUACAAACAUUCCAGGAGCGUGAGCCACUGUCCGCAGUGAGGGAAUGGCGGGAACCCUGCAAGUCCAGCCAAGGACCAGUCUUGCAAGCAGGCUUAAGGUUAGCAUUUUCAGGCCCGCUGUGCCAGGGAUAUACACUUUUCUGGAUGCUUUCUUCUAUUCCUCUCUACUUUGAUCUCUCUCUCUCGCUCUCUUUCUCUCUCUCUCUCUCUCUGUUGUUGUCUUAUGGUCUGUUUGUCAGUAUCUGUGUGUUUGUCUCCAUAUGUGUGUAUAUUUAUUCAUAUAGCACAUAUAUGGAUAUAUACACACUAUAUUAUGUGUAUAUAUUCAUAUAUAGAAUUUAAAAAAUACAUUUUAUUGAUUUCAGAGAGGAAGAGAGAGGGAGAGAGAUGGAAACAUCAAUGAUGAGAGAGAAUCAUUAAAUCGGCUGCCUCCUGCACACCCCACACUGGGGAUCGAGCUCAAAACCCAGGCAUGUGCCCUGACCGGGAAUUGAACUGUGACCUCCUGGGUCAUAGGUUGAAGCUUAACCACUGAGCCACCAUGGCUGGGCUUAUAUAGAGAAGUUGACAAGGUAUUGUACCAUCUUGUUUUGGUAACAUUAUUUUCCUACUGAUGGUAUAUCUGAAAUACUUUUCAUAUUCUAAGUAUUCCAACUUAGCAGUAAGUAACCACUGACCUUGGUGUUCUGCAUUGAUAGUGUGCAUAUGUUUAUGGGGUCAGCUUUUCUUGUCCGCCUGCCACGUCCUGACUCAUGUCACCCUCUCUGGAGGCCAGAAGAGAUUUGAGUUUGCAGCCUCUCCUAACCCUGGACAGUGUGACUGGAGGGAGCAGGAUGGACUCCAAGUGAGGCUAGCUCCGCCUUUUCCAGAGCCGGUCUGCAGUGAAGGAAGCCCUUAGACAACUCAUCAGGUCCUGACUCUGAAACUAUGGCCCACGGUCCCGUGACAUUCUCAGACGUGGCCAUCGACUUCUCCCAGGAGGAGUGGGCCUGCCUGGACUCCACGCAGAGGGACCUGUACUGGGACGUGAUGUUGGAGAACUACAGUAACUUGGUCUCACUGGAUUUGGAGUCACCCCAUGAGACCAAGAACUUAUCUACAGAAAAGGGCAUCUGUGAGAUGCGUUUCUCCAAGUGGAACUCGGACGGGAAAAGCAAGUCCCUUGGCCUUGACUGGGUGUGUGAAGGUGAGUUAGUAGGGGCGCGGGGCCCUCCAGGGGGGUAUCUCAACCGAAGGAAAACCAGCCGUGCGAACGCGCCCGCCGGGGAGGAGGCCUCGGUCAGGCCACCCCAGAGACCUCCUCGCAGGGAGAAUGCCUAUGAGUGCAAGGAGUGCGGGAAGGCCUUCAGCCGUGGCUACCAGCUGACUCAGCAUCAGAAAAUCCACACGGGCGAGAAGCCCUACCAGUGUAAAGAGUGUAAGAAGGCCUUUCGCUGGGGUAACCAGCUGACUCAGCAUCGGAAAAUUCACACCGGUGAGAAGCCUUAUGAGUGUAAGGACUGCGGGAAGGCCUUUCGCUGGGGCUCGAGCCUCGUCAUUCACAAGAGGAUCCACACGGGCGAGAAGCCCUACGAGUGUAAAGACUGCGGGAAGGCCUUCCGCCGGGGGGACGAGCUCACGCAGCACCAGAGGUUCCACACGGGCGAGAAGGACUACGAAUGCGAGGACUGUGGCAAGACCUUCAGCCGCGUGUACAAGCUCAUUCAGCACAAGCGGAUUCACAGCGGCGAGAAGCCCUACGAGUGUAAAGACUGCGGGAAGGCCUUCAUCUGUGGCUCGAGCCUGGCUCAGCACAAAAGGAUUCACACGGGCGAGAAGCCCUACGAGUGUCAAGAAUGCGGGAAGGCCUUUACCCGUGUCAAUUACCUUACCCAGCAUCAGAAAAUUCACACGGGUGAGAAGCCUCAUGAAUGCAAGGAGUGCGGGAAGGCCUUCCGUUGGGGUUCCAGCCUCGUGAAACACCAGAGAAUCCAUACGGGGGAGAAGCCGUACAAGUGCACGGAAUGUGGGAAGGCCUUCAACUGUGGCUAUCACCUGACCCAGCACGAGAGAAUCCACACUGGCGAGACGCCUUACAAAUGUAAGGAGUGUGGGAAGGCCUUUAUUUAUGGGUCCAGCCUGGUGAAACACGAGCGGAUUCAUACCGGAGAGAAGCCCUACGAGUGCAAAGAGUGUGGGAAAGCCUUUAGCCACGGCCACCAACUCACACAGCAUCAGAGAGUGCACAGCAGUGCGAAGCCGCACGAGUGUCAGGACUGUGGAAAGGCGUGUGGCCACGCACACCGUUACAGGGGACACCUGGGGCUCCACGCCGCGGGCAAACCUUUCGAAGACAAAGAAUGUUCAGAGGCCUCUAAACAGCACUCGUUUCUCCCACAACACGAGGCACAUUCGUGAUACGAUUUAACAUAAGGAAGUCGUCACCGGCCACUCUUCUUCCAGAGUCUCAGGAUAGUCCUGCGAGAGGCAGGUUUGGAGACGAGAAGUCACUUUUCCUCCCUGAUUACAACAUACGCAGUGUAGACAGUUUGUUUACUGGAUGGGUUAAUGGAUGCAUAGAAGGUUCCCAGGACCUUUUGAUUUCAUUUCAGAUUCAUUCUGGGGAAGAACUGCUGAUGUAACAUACGUGCAAUAGCCUUUCCUCUCCACGGCUGUCUUCCUCAGCCCCCCCUCGCUCACUGUGCCUCGGGGGAAAUGACCUUUAACCCCUGUGUGUAUCUGUGAAAUCAGGACAGCCACGUGAUACUGCCCGUGGGCCAUUAGACAAGUCUGGUAUGUGGAACUCCCUGCAAGUGUAUCUGGAAUAUUGUGCAAACUCAAUAAACAUUAGCUGCGUUUCUGUCGUCA